GCUUUGCUUAUUUUACUUAGCGGUGUUGGUUAGGCUGACAUGGUGCACUCUGCUGGCUCUUGAUGGGAGAUAUCUGCUUGUGUGUGUUUAUCUUCUGUACGCUUUCUUUUUCCAGCAACUGCCAUGGUACCAGGCACUGUUCUGAGUGCUAGGGAUACAGUGGUGAGGAAAACAGACAACAAUCCCUGCCUCUCAAGAGCUCACAUUGUAUCAUCAACAGUCAAGGAUUUGGCUACUCAGUCAGCUGGUGUUAACACUAAGGCAGGAAGGGGGGAUGGGAGUGGAGUGCAGUUGUAAGAAGGGUUUUGUGGGGAGGCCUUACUGAGAAGGUGCCAUUUGAAGAAAGACUUGGAAAAAGUAGGGAAGCAAGCAUAGGGUAUUUUGGAAAAGCAUCCUGGACCUGGAGGAAAGCAGGUGAAAGAUUCUGAACAGAGGUUCUGGCCAUGUUCACGACACAGCAGGGAAGCUGCAGCGCUGGGUCUGGUGCUCUAGUUGCUUCUGAACAGACUUGCCUCAGUUCCCGAGGACUCGGAGAUAAUCUUGACUUGUUUUCUCAGCGCCCAGUGGAUCCGAAACUUGUCCCAUUCUUGGUGUAUGUACAGUGAGCUGGGGCAGGAGUCAGCAAACCCUUUGAAGAGCCAGAGAACAAAUAUAUUGUGCUUUGACGGUCAUACCAGAAGUGUAGUGCAGAAGCAGCCCUAGCCAGUACGUGAACAGUCAUGCUCGGUGUGAUUGUUCGUGCCCACUGGAAUUUGAAUUCUGUAUAAUCUCAUGUCACAACAUACUGUACUUUUGAGUUUUUUCAAUUGCUUAAAAAUGUAAAAAUUAUUUUUAGCAUUGAGAACUGUGUACAAAGGUGGUGGGUCCUGAUUCCUAGUUUUCAGACCCACAUUAGGUCCUGUGGAGAAUGGAUCUGGUGAGGCUGUGUAAGGACUUGGAUCACUGAGUGAGUUAAGCCUUCGGAGGGUUUUGAGCAGAGGUGGGAAGUUCAGGUGUUGUGGCCAUUCAGCUGUCGUGUUGAGAUUGGACUGAAGAAGAGCGAAAGCCACGAGAGGGAGACCCACCGUUGAAAGAGAGCGUGUGUGUUGGACCAGAGCUUUGCUGGUGGAGGGGGUGAGACGUGGAGUUCUGAGGGGAUUUGAGGUCACAGUUUGCCAUUUCACUUGGCAGCCUGUAUGCAGAACAGUAACAGCAGUGCAUUUCCGAAAGGUGAAAGUUUUAUUCCUUCAAACAUUUAGUUAGUUAAGUUGCUCAGUCAUGUCUGACUCUUUGCGACCCCGUGGACUGUAGCCCACCAGGCUCCUCCAUCCAUGGGAUUCUUCAGGCAAGAAUACUGGAGUGGGUUGCCAUUUCCUUCUCCAGGGAGUCUUCCUGACCCAGGGAUCGAACCCAGGUCUCCCGCAUUGCAGGCAGACACUUUAACCUCUGAGCCAGACUGAAGUGCAGAAAAGUGUCAAAUGUUUACCAUCGGUAAGGGUGAUAGCAGAAAAGAAUGGAACUCCUUAUUUUGGCAAGACUAUGAAGUAUUCGGUACUUUUGCGAGGCAGAUGGACUGUGUUGUCCCAGCCAGCACCGUGGGAAAUGAGAACACAGUGAUGUCAGGUAACAUCUGUCGAUCACCCAUCGCAGAAGCGGUUUUCAGGAAACUUGUAACUGAUCAAAACAUUUCAGAUAAUUGGGUCAUUGACAGUGGCGCUGUUUCUGACUGGAACGUGGGCCGGUCACCAGAUCCAAGAGCUGUGAGCUGCCUAAGAAAUCAUGGCAUUAACACAGCCCAUAAAGCAAGACAGGUUACCAAAGAAGACUUUGCCACUUUUGAUUAUAUACUAUGUAUGGAUGAGAGCAAUCUGAGAGAUUUGAAUAGAAAAAGUAAUCAAGUUAAAAACUGCAGAGCGAAAAUCGAACUACUCGGGAGCUAUGAUCCACAAAAACAACUUAUCAUUGAAGAUCCCUAUUAUGGCAACGACGCGGACUUUGAGACCGUCUACCAGCAGUGCGUGCGGUGCUGCAGGGCCUUCCUGGAGAAGGUCCGCUGACCAGGCCGUCCCGCUGUGGCCCAGGCUCGUCCCCCCAGGCCAUGUGUCAACUGUCAACAGUGUCCCUUCUGAGCCAAGGCUGCAGCCCUCCCUUCAGCUUACUCGCUGUUUCUCACCUGACAAAAUAACUGUAGAUGGAAAUCAGUCUUUAUGUUUAGCAAGAGUAAAUAAAAAAUCUUUGAUUCAGAUAGUUUAUGGGGUAAGAGUUCCUUAGACUUUGCCCCAGUUACAAACCUCCCACUUUGCCCCAGUUACAAAAACAGUGGAACAGUGGAAAUAGUGGAGCAGCACAGUGGAACAUGAUGAAGUGAAUAAGACGUCCCUCCAGGAACCCACACUACCUCUCCCUCCGGAUGGGCCCCUGCCUGCACUACCUCUCGAUGCCAGGGCCUGGCCUCCAGCGACGCUGGUCGAGUGUCACGCGCUCACAGUGCCCACGCGUGUAUUUUCAGGACAGGAAGGAGAGAGAUUUGUGGGAUUCACCUUUAGCACCUUCACUCCUUCUUAGUUUGUGUCUGUGUAGCUUAUUUCAUAAGGAAGUCAGCUUAUUUGUUCCCAUUUGAACCCCUUUGCCUCUGGAAAUGUAAUUAUAUCCAGGAGAAGUGUGUGCUGGUUUAUCUUAUGGUCAGUUUGGGGACUGUGUCUGCUUCUACAUGCAUAUAAUUGCCUGAAUGCCAAUUAUAGAUCACCUUGUGUGGGAAAAAGUAUUAAGUUGGAAAAAGUCCUUUUAUGUUGGAAUACUUAAAUAUUGAUAUAUUAAGUAUUAUUUUGUCAGUGCCUGGUUGUAGGGAAAUAUACAUAAUUUGUGCACACUUUGAAAUAACUGAUCUAAAAUUCAUAUGAAUGUAUGUCAGACAAAAUUGUUCUCAAAUAAACUGGGGAAAUUAGAAAAAUACAA